AUUGCCGUACAUGCCAUGAAGGCGUCUGCUCUUCUGGACAGAUGUUGACAGCCAUCAGGCCAUUAUCCCGGCAUCAUUCAGUCGAUGGCAAUGAGCGGCUGACCUACAAGCUGGAAGGAGUCACGGCCCUGGACCAACAGUCCGAUAUGAUCUACUAUGCCCAUGGCUAGCGAAUCGAUGGAAAGAGCAAGUGAUCAACAUUGCCGCCUUGGGAGGCAUUUGUGUACUGGCUGGACGACAAGACCGGAGUGGAACGGAUCACUGUCAACGGAGAGCGUCGUUCCGCGGAGCUGCAGCGGAUCACCGACAUCAGUGUCGCAAAUUUUUAAACUAACAAUAUCCUACUCGCCCAUCCCACAGCUUUGCAUAUCGGCCAAGAAGAUCAAUGAGAUUGUAAAAACUCAGCCCAAGCCCAAAACUGUUAAUCUCCUUGAUGACAGCCCAUCGUUGAGUCCCAUUCCAACGCAGGCUCCGCUUAAUAAUGCGACCAAUGAUCUGUUUUGGCCCAUCUUUAAUGACGGGCCGUCGUCUUUGAGUGCCUCAAAAUCCUCCCAAAAAGCCUGCGAAACCGUCGCCAAGGUAUCUCUUUGAUGAUGAUCUGGAAGAUGACUUCCUAAGCUCCUUUUCGCCCAAGCCAAAGCCACCAGAACAAACAUUUAAAUCCUCCUUAUUCGAUGACGAUGAUUUGGAUUUAGAUGAUUUCGAUGCAGCCGAACAAACUCUCAGAGUUAGAAAAAACUCUCUUUGCUGAUGACGACCAGUAUGAUGUCACUGAUUUGUUUGGCUCAAAGAAGAUCUUCAUAUAAAAUUAACGAAAUAGGCUAUACAAAGACCUACUACGGCCUACACGCAACAUGUCCUCAAAUCCCAGCAACAUUGCGACUGUUUUUUUG